GUGACGGUGUUAACCAGGCCCUCGAAAACUGACUCUCUUAAUCACCCCCUCCUCGUCGGGAACCCUAGUUUUUUUUUUUUUUCCCGCGCGCUACGCACGGUCUCUCCCUUCCUUCCCGCCGUAGGGCGGUGGCGGUUGAAUCACCCCUUGAGGUGUAGGAACAACGCCGCCCCCGGAGGCCGCUGUUCAGGCGGGGGGGGCGCUUCCCCUCCAGCCUCAGCCCCCGUGGGGCGGCCCAGCUCGCAGCACGGAGCUUCUCUCAGUUUCGCUCCGAUCUCUCAGCGCCCUGCUUCUCUCCCUACUGCUGCCCAGCAGGGAACGGAGGGAGAGGAGUGUGCCGGGCAGUGCGGCGGCUCCUUCUCGGCAUGUCAGCGGCUGCCCCGCAACGACCAUCUCGGGGUGCGGAGAAGAGUAAUGGUGGGGCCUGGUUACUCGAAGAGAACCAUCGGGAGCCGUUCCUGCUUCCUUCCGGCCAAGUAACUGAAGCUUCCCGGGAAAGUGGCUCCACCGAGGGCUUGCAGUUGCAACGACAGCAAGAGGACAACGAGGACAACGACAAGUGGCAACGGGGGAGGCCGCAGCCGUGUCAUGUGGUCGAGGCACCGCCGCCUAAAGAGAAUCCCUGGACGCGUUGGAAGCCUCCCCCCAACUCUGGUAGUAGUUUAUCUCCUUCCAACGCUUCCUCGGGCGGCGAGUUAACUUCGCAGGACCCGGAACUGCAGUGUUCUACUAAAGUCAUAAAAGCAGGAAAGUUGAAGAUAAAGAAACCCAGUAAGGCAGAUUAUUUCAAUGAUGCAACAAAUUGGCCAACACCAAGUGAAAUUGCAAACUCUGAGUGUAAAAAUGUAAGUAAUCAGAAUAAAAAAGCUCCAAUAAAAAAAGAGAAAGAAGAAAAAAAUGAAAAGAAAAAUACCAAUAAAAUAAAGGAAAAUUUGGAGAUAAAUCCAGAUAUUCAUGGAGAAAAUGUUAGUGAAGAUGAGAGUCCGAUUAACAAUCAAAAGAAAAAAGGUAAUAAGCAUAAAUGGGUACCACUUCAUUUAGAAGAUAUGAAGCCAGAUAACCAAGAAAGGCCAGGAUCUCAGAGCAGUUCAAGGUCCCAGCCAGAAACCAGCAAGCUUGUGCCUCACAACAACAGACGCAAUGAGGCAAGAACUAGCUGGCGAAGGGAUAGGGAAAAGCGAGAAGAUCAUGAUGAAGUUUCGAGUGUGAGAAGCGAAGGUGGCAGUGUUAGAGGAUUUUACAGAGGACGAGGGAGAGGCAAGGGAAGAGGAAGAGGACGUGGAAGAGGAAAUCCACGAAUGAACCAUGACUAUUCAUGUGGCUACCGAGAACAAUAUAGUGAAAGGACUGAUCCGCCAUUUCAGCCAGAUCUUAGCACUAAUAUGAUGUAUUAUUACGAUGAUGGAACAGGAGUUCAGAUGUACUCUGUGGAUGAAACAUUGCUUAAAGAAUACAUUAAACGCCAAAUUGAAUAUUAUUUCAGUGUAGAAAACCUGGAAAGAGACUUCUUCUUGAGAAGGAAGAUGGACCAGCAAGGAUUCUUGCCUAUAUCUUUGAUUGCAAGCUUCCACCGGGUGCAGGCUCUCACUACAAAUGUUAACUUAAUAUUAGAGGCCUUAAAGGAUAGUACUGAAAUAGAAAUAGUGGAUCAGAAGAUGAGGAAAAGGAUAGAACCAGAAAAAUGGCCAAUUCCAGGACCCUCUCCACGUAGUCUUACACAUACAGACUUUUCUCAGCUUAUUAACUGCCCAGAGUUCAUACCAGGGCAGAUUUUUGAUUCACAUACAGAAUCUGCACCAAGUUCUCCAAGAAUAGGAAGUCUAAAUACUAAGAAAAGCAUUGAAACAAGCAAUCUUGAAGUAAUAUCCAAAGGAUUAUCUACAAGCCUCCCGGAUUUGGACUCUGAACCUUGGAUAGAAGUUAAAAAACGACAUCGUCCCUCCUUAGUUAAGCCAAAGGAAUCUGUGUCUGCACAUGAGGAAUUGACAAAUCAACAACCACCACCAUUGUCUUCUGAAGAACAAGAACAGGAAGAACUUGAUUUUUUGUUUGAUGAAGAGAUGGAACAAAUAGAAGGCAGGAAGAAUACAUUCACAGAAUGGUCAGAAAGUGAUUCAGAUUAUGAAAUUGAUGAUCAAGACUUAAACAAGAUUUUGAUUGUGACACAGACCCCACCAUAUAUGAGAAAACAUCCUGGAGGAGAUCGAACUGGCAACCAUGUGUCACGUGCAAAAAUUACAUCAGAACUUGCCAAAGUUAUUAAUGAUGGAUUAUACUACUACGAACAGGAUUUGUGGAUGGAGCAAGGUGAAAAUGAUUGUAUUGUUAUGAAGCAGGAAGUUGAAAAUUUUAAGAAGUUACAUCUUAUCAGCAAAGAAGAGUUUGACAGUCUUACUCCUGAAUAUGUAAUGGAUUCAAAUCAGGAUGAUCCUCCUGGUCCUUCAAAAGAUGUAACUGAAGAGCUGGCUUGUCAAUUGUUUGGUGUCCAGGAAAUACCUCCAACAACAAUGGCUCGCUCACUGCCAACAGCUGUUCCUGAAUCUCCUCGAGUUCAACCUACCAGAACACCUAAAACACCUCGUACCCCAAGACUGCAAGAUCCUAACAAAACACCAAGAUUCUAUCCUGUGGUUAAAGAAUCAAGAAUUAUUGAUGUUGGGACACGAAGGAAAAGAAAAACACGGCAUAGUACCAACCCUCCAUUAGAAAGUCAUGUUGGCUGGGUAAUGGAUUCCAAGGAUCACAGACCAAGAACAUCUUCCAUAAGCAGUUCAAACGCAUCACCACUAGAAGGUGCUCCGCUAUCAGGAAGUUAUGGAUGUACCCCUCAUUCACUUCCCAAAUUUCAACAUCCUUCUCAUGAACUUCUGAAGGAAAAUGGUUUUACUCAGCAAGUAUACCAUAAAUAUCGCCGUAGAUGCCUAAAUGAAAGAAAACGGUUGGGAAUUGGCCAGUCUCAAGAAAUGAACACACUCUUUCGUUUUUGGUCUUUUUUUCUCAGAGACCACUUUAAUAAGAAAAUGUAUGAAGAAUUCAGGCAACUAGCUCUAGAUGAUGCAAGAGAACAUUAUAGGUACGGCCUGGAAUGCUUGUUCCGUUUUUAUAGUUAUGGGCUGGAAAAGAAGUUCAGGCAAGAGAUCUUCAAAGAUUUCCAAGAAGAAACAAAAAGAGAUUAUGAAUCUGGCCAACUUUAUGGGCUAGAAAAAUUUUGGGCUUAUCUGAAGUAUUCACAGUCUAAAAGUCCACCUAUUGAUCCCAAACUUCAGGAAUACCUAUGCAAUUUUAAAAGAUUGGAAGAUUUCAGAGUUGAUCCUCCCAUUAAUGAAGAAUCUGGGAGAAAAAGGCAUUUACCUGGUGAGGAAAGUGAUCAUCGCAGACAUCAAUCCAACACUGCUUCCAAGAUCCUUGCUGGUAAUUCCACAGCUGUGUCUCAGAUGUGGGUCCCAAUAAAUUUUCCCACUACAAAUACUGUACAGGAGUUGAAUAACAGCAUACACCAGAAUAGUACUGCCACAAAAUCAAGAUGUGAUAUAACUGAGCAGUAGACUUUCAGUAAGCUUGAACCUUAAGAUCAACUCCUAAUGCCAGUAUUUUAGCUCAAGGAUCUUCAGGGAGAGCUAUUUUAAAGCUUGAUUAAAAACAAAUGUAUAGGAAAAAAAAUUGCAUCUGCUUUCUGACAAGAUUAAAUUCCAAGUAAAUUCCCUUUCUUCAAUUAUAUUGGGUUCAAGCAUCAUGAGAAAUCCUUGGGAAAUACCUGUUAGUCUAUGUUGCUAUCCCAAGUUACUGUUUACAGCAGCAGCAUUCCAAUAGUAUAUACAUAAAUACUUUGGAAUGUCUUACAAUCCAGCUCAUAUUUUUUUGAGGAAGUUGUAUUCUUUUUGUAGUGUAGGAAUAUUUUACUAUUAGGUUUUCUAUCAUUAGUUCUACCUAUAAAAGCCAAAAAGAGAAAAUAUUUUUGAGAGAUAUACAUAAUACAUGCAUUUAAAUUGAUAAAUGCAUUUUUCAGUAAUAACAUACUCUUCCAAUACUAGUUCUGAAAUCCAUUUUGCUUUCUGUUUCUUUUGUUUCAGGGUUUUGAGUUGAGUUUGAGUUUUUAAUUUAGGCACAGGUUGUUUUGUUUUAAAUUUUUUUAAUGCUGAUUCUUAUUUCUACUUAAGCAAAGUAGUUUGCAAAGAGGAUGGAUUAUGACUGUAUUGUCAUAAACGUAGUAAAUUUUAUAUAUAUAUAUAUAUAUAUAUAUAUAUAUAUAUAUAUAUAUAAGUUUAAGAAAAAGGAGAAAAAUUCAAAUAGGUCUCUGAUCAUCCUCCAGUUUGAAGAAAUAGUUGUAUUUUUCUGUUCAAUUUCUUUAUUGUAUAAGUGACUUGCAUUUCUAGGAGAGAUUAUUUAAGCCAUUUAAUUGUAUUUGACAGUUUUAAUUUAAAAGGGAUUUAGAAGAAAAUGUACUUAGGCUAAAAUAAUUAAUGUCAAAAUGGCUUUAAUAUGGUUAAAAUCCCUUAUUUUACCUAAGACCAACUGUACUGUAAUUGGCCAAAGUGUCACUUUCUUUAAAUGUAAAUGAUUCAUUGAAUAUAUAUUAUUUAUGUCAGGAGGUGAAAAUUAAAAGGAAGCAUCCCUGAAAUAACUAAUUGUAGUUAUUGUGAUUUAAAUACUUAAGGGAAUGGAAAUCAUUCUUCCAUAAAAUAGAAGUGGUAGAAAUAGAUGCAUUUGUAUUAGAUACAGCAAAACAGAUACUUAACAGUCUUCAGGUUACUUUCACAAAUAAAGCCUAUUACUGUUGAUGCCUUAUUGCUGGGAAAUACUCUAAGUGAUCCAACAUGUAGAUUUCUGUGCUGGAAACUAUAUGAAGUCCAUUAUAUAGUCCUGAAAUACUGCUUGAGAAUCUGAAUUUAACAAUUAUGAAUAUAUGUGCAUAUUUAAUAUGAAGAUAAGUGGAUUUCCCAGCUAUUUCUAAUGGAAGCUAGCCUUUAAGAACUGCUCUGUUUUUUGAAGACACUAGGAAUUCAUGAUACCUGUUUUAUAUAGCAUCUUUUCAGUUUGCUGAAGUUCUACAACUCAUAUCUCUGUUCAAUCUAUGCCACCUCCUCCAGGAAAAUGAUGCAGUUGUAAAUUUGGAUUUAAGCUGUAUAUAAAAGAAUUAUAUUUACAUUCAUUUCUUUAAAUCAAAUGUGUGAAUAUUAGCUUUUAGUAUGCAUUUUUUGUGGUAUAUUUGCAGAUUUUAUAAAAUACAAAAAAAAAAAGCCUAUGGUGUAGUAUGUGUUCUUAAGCAGUUUUGUUUAAUUUAGUAUGAUAAAUUUUUACUAUUCUGAAUUGAAAUGUGUGGGACUGUUUAUAGCAAUAAAUUAAAAUAAUGUUGAAUAUCAUGAUUGUGAAAAAUCACGAAAAAGAAUCUAUGAUUUUCCAGAUGUUUUUGUGCUAUGAUUCUUACAGAUUCAAGGGUAAGGACUACUGAUAGUUCAACAGCAUCACUGCACUAGAUGAAUUGCCCAUUGUUCAAGUUAGUUAUAUAUCCUGUUGGCAGUAUUGUUCAUGUUCUCCAAAAAUUUCAGUGAAAUGAAAUGUAGAAAUGAAACUCUGAAGUUGAACUAUAUAAAUUAAAUUUGUUCUUAAUUAUAUUUUUAGAAUCACAUGAGAGGCCAUAACAAAUAUUAGCUUCACUUUGAGUAACAAAACUGUUUUGUUAUCCAAAUGAUAACAGGAGUGAAAUGGGAUAGAAGAGACUUUUCUAAGUAUAUUCUUACAUUGAGUAUUAUACAUUUUGAAAACUCUCAGCUCUUAUUCAGAUGUUACCAAGGUUCUAGAAUUAUUUUUCCUCCCUCUACUGUAUCCUUUACUAUGGCUUGGAUGCAGACAGUUGCUUUGUGUAUAAGAGAUCCAACAUCCAAACUACAUCUUGUUGCUGAUUUUUUAAAAAAACAAUAUCUAUCUUUUGAAUCAAAAUUCUGAUCUUUUAUAAAAAUAUAAUACUGUAUAACAAGAGGGAGACUGUAUUAAAAUAACAUGAACACAUACAAAGAGAAAAUAGGUCAUAUUGAAUUUAAAAGGUACAAUGAAAUAAAAGGUUAGAGCAAGGUAUUCCAAAAUUAGAAUACCAUUGAGAAUGCUCUUUUUUACUGUAUUUCUCUAAGAUGAAAACUAUGUGGAUGACAAUCUUUAGAUAUCUUAGUUUCAAAAUAUUAUGAAUACUAUUCACUAUUUAUCUUGCCUGGGAUGAACACAAAUUUAUUGGCUCUCAUGAGGUCCAAUAAACAGGCGAUAUUUAAAUUCCUUACCUUUCAAAUUCAAAUAGCCAAGACACUACUUUCUCUCUUUUUGCUAUAUAUUGCCCUAUAGAUUUAAUUGAAAUUAAAAUUCUAAUUCUAAUAUUGAAGACAUAUAAUACAUGGAAUGCUGCCAGUGUAAGACAAUUUUAUACACAAUUAUCUUUUUAUAUAAAGUAUAACAUAGAAAUAGUUUUUACUUAACUUGUUCUACCUUUAUCUAUUACAGUAUUUUCUUCAUAUUCAGCAGGAAAGUAUAUAACAAUCACAAGAUGAUGAUCCUCAUCUCUUUCCUUUUCUUUAGCAGUUUGCAGUCUGUUAGCUAAUAUUAGGUUGGAUUAUAGUUGUAUAGCUGUCUAGCUUCUUAACAAUUAUGUGCUUAAGGAUCAAAAUCAAAAUAUCUGAAUAAAAAAUGGGAUUCAC